GCGACGUCUCCAGGGGCUCCGAGGCCAUUGGUGCACGCGAAUCGGCAAUUUCACGAGGUCGCUUGGCGUUCAUACAAACUUCUUGUCUGGGACUAGUACGCGCGGCUUCGCCAUCAUGUCAAACGUUACGGGAGGCCCCGCCAUGGAACUGCACCCCGAGAAUGGCUUGACUGCGAUAUUACGCGGUCCCUAUCGAUAUGCCAAGCUCCGCGGUGGACCACCCAUGCACUGAUGAGUUCAGCGCUGGGUGAGAUAGAUGCGCGACGCUACCAGGUUCGGCAAGCGUACAUCGGAGAAUACGAGAGCCUCGUCGUGCACCUUAGUACCCUGGUCAUCCCGGCUGAUCCAGCUUUAAACGAUUGCCGUUUGAGCAACUUAUUGUCGGUACAGCUUUCGCAGGGAUCAAAUCAAAUGCUGCUUUCAGUUUCGGCAUGGGCAGUUUUGAUGUUUGGUAACGUAGCAACCCAUCAAACUCCAGUCUUGCCCCGCUUGUGCCAUUCGACGACGCCUUUACGACCCGACGCAAGCUACAAACUACCUCAACGGAGGUGGAUUCAAGACGGUACCUUCCCGUCUCGCCAAGCAGCGGUACUUCUGCGGAUCUAUGCUUUAGCAGAUCCUUUCCGUAGUCUGCAAGUCAAACAACCACACGACUCCACCAAGCCUUGGUGGUCCCCAACUGGAAGGACAUCCUGCCAGGAGAAUGGUCGAACAUCGUAUUGUUAAUAUGGACGAGAUUGGAAGGUCACGGUAACCGCUACCACUUGUAUCCAAGCUGUCAUACAGAAUAUAAGUACGACAGACUGUCAC